AUGGGAGAGGAAGAUAUUGUGUAUAUGUGGCACACUGUGGGACAAAAGGAUGGUGAUGUACAAUGUGGUGAGAAUGAAUUCCUCUGUCGAAAUGGACGCUGCGUUUCUGCACUGACACUGUGCAGUGGAAGGGAUGACUGCCAUGAUCAGAGCAAUGAGCGAAACUGUUCUGUAUCAGGCUGUGGACCUCAUGGGUUUCUUUGCAGCAACUCUACUGUCUGUAUCUCUAAAUACCAGCUCUGUGAUGGUCACCAGGACUGUGCAUCAGGCGUUGAUGAAUCUGAUGACCUUUGUGAAAAGAGAGCAGUGCAACCUGAAGGUUGUGGGGAGUUGGAGUUCCUGUGUAGUUCAGGCCAGUGCAUAGAGCUUCAGUCAGCUUGUGACAACUUUCCUGACUGCAGUGAUGGUAGUGAUGAAGCCAAUUGUGAUCGGAAUGAGUGUUUGGCGGCAAAUGGACAGUGUUCUGAUUAUUGCUGGGACCUACCUUUAGGAUAUGAAUGUGCUUGUCCAACUGGAUUGGAGCUAAUAAAUCAUUUCAUAUGUGAAGAUGUGGAUGAGUGCAGAAACCCUGACUUGUGUGACCAGAUUUGUGUAAACCUGCCUGGAUCAUACGCCUGUGAGUGCUCCCGGGGAUAUCGGAAGGACACACACACUGGCACUUGCCAAGCUGCGGGAGAGGAACCAUUCAUGAUUGUCACAAACUGUGGAGAUAUCAAGAGCAUAAAUAUGAACAAAACGGAAUAUUUGGAGAUAGCUGAUAGAUUGCAGAGCGCAACAGCUCUCAGCAUGGAUAUCACCUCAUCAACCAUCUUUUGGUCUGGUGACAAACACCAUGGAAUUUUCAGGAAAUCAGUAGACCCAAACAGAAAGGAGAUCAGACAGAUUUUGGGUGAUGUGCAAAGUCCUGGUGGAAUUGCUGUGGACUGGAUCUACAGCCACAUCUACUGGACUGAUUCUAGAGCCAGAACUUUAUCUCUUGCUACUCUGGAUGGAUUGAAAAGGAAGACCCUGUUCAGUACGAACCUAAGAGAGCCUACAGCUAUAGCAGUCGACCCAGAAUCGGGCUUCUUGUACUGGGCCGAUAUAGGAAAACCAGCAAAAAUUGAAAAGGCGGGGAUGAAUGGAGUUGGCAGAAGGAUAUUAGUCAGCGUUGGAAUUGAGAAGCCAACUGGGAUUGCAUUGGACUAUAUAAAGAAACGCCUUUACUGGGUGGACUCUGAUCUCCACGAGCUUUACUACACUGAUCUGGAUGGACUAUAUCACAGAAGUGUCUUUCACUCUCCAAAGUACUUGGCAAAUCCAUUCGGGCUGGCAGUGUUUGAGGAUCGUGCCUAUUGGUCAGAUGUGGAUGGUAAGGCCGUGUACAGCAUUAACCGGUUUGGAGGAGCGAAUCUGACCGUUCUGAUCCCAAAUCUCACCGAACCACGAGGCCUUGUCGUGUUUCACAGGCUGAUGCAGCCAAUUGUACAGAACUGGUGUGUUGAAGAACACGCUGCUUGUGAGUACCUAUGUGUGCCUGCACCUUACACUGAGCAACACCACGCGUGCCUGUGCCCAGAUGCUGUGAUACCCAACAGGACUGGACGUACAUGUGGAAAAGAGGCUGACCCCGUCGCCACCUCACCGGAGCAGGCUGACCCCGUCGCCACCUCACCGGAGCAGGCUGACCUGAAGCAGCUUGAUGCUGUAUCUGUUGGAAUUAUUGCUCUGAUUGGCAAGUUUCUUUCUGUUGCACAUUAAACUUUUCUACUUCAAAAACCAUGAGGUGCUGGGGGGAGAAUUCUUCACGUUUCAAGACCUAAAUUCAUAUUGAGAACUGGUCUGCU